UCACUUCACCUUCCCCCGUUUUAGGGUUUUGAUUAGGGCUUUUCAUGCUUCGUACUGAAGCUCUGUUUCUUCAGAGAAUGUAACUCAUCUUUCUAUUUCAGAACUAGGGUUUUUCUUUUUACCUAGGUUUUUGUUCUUAUUUAGUAGAAAUUUCUCAUUUCCACCGUCACACUCUCUCCCAUUUUUUGUGGGUUUCUUUUGAAAAGAUUGGAAAAGCUCUGUGUCUCUGUGAUUUCUCUGCUCCCCUUUUCAGUCAAAUUUAGAAGCUUUAAAGUACCCCGGCAAUCCUUUCACCUUCUCCUAACCAGUUUUAUAGUACUUCAACUGCUUUUUGCCCAUUUGAGUCCUGUUUUUCAUUCCAUUAAAAAGAAGAAGAAGAAGAAGAAGAAGAAGAAUGGCUCCUUCCUCCAGUACUACCAGAAGUGGCAGCACAAGGACAAAGAGGACAAGAAAACCCAGGGCAAGACAGUACAAGAAGAGGCUUGCAAUUGCAAAGACAGAGAAUAAGAAAGCAGCAGAGGAGGGUUCCUGUACCAGCUCUGAUUGCUUUUCAAAGAAUAUGGGUGGCGGCUUUGAUUUCAAAGGUGUUGAUGUUGAUGAUGAUAUCCCAGAAAGUCCCUGCUCCACACCAAAAGCUCAAAGAUUUCGAAUACCGGAGAUCGAGACAUGCCCUCCAGCUCCAAAGAAGCAAAGGGUACUCUCCAAUUGCUCAUUCCACAGAAAGCCUAUUGCUUUCUUUGCCUCUCCUGAUUUAGAGCUCUUCUUCUGCUUUGCUCUUCGAGAUAUCUCAGUCUAAAUCCUUUGGACAGACUUCAACAAAAUAUAGCAAAAAGCUCAUUUCAAUAGUUAAAGAGGUGGUCUAUAUCUAAUCUUUGAUAUUUUCUUAUAAUAUAGAUUCAGAUUGAGUUUUUUUUUUUUUUCUUGGAUUUGAUCAUUGAAUUAGGUAAGUGUGAGAGUUUGAGAUAUUCUGGAGUGAAUGGUUUAGGAUUUUAGUUGAGUUUUCAAAAUUGUAGGGUACAUACUAAUAACUUAAUUUAGCUUUAUUGCCUACUUUUUUUUCUUUAAUAUUUGUUUUUUCAAAUGUAUUGCUGACUUUUUUC